AUGGAGGUGGAUGGUGGAGGUGAUAGAGGAGAGGAGGAUCCAAGAGGACUGUAUGAGGGAGAGGAGGAUAGAGAGAUGGAGGUUGAUGAGAGGGAGCCCAGGGUGGAGGUGAGGAGGAAGAGAUGGAGUGGGAGAGAUACUAAGGAGGAAGGAGAUGAUGGAGGGGCUGGUAGGGAUGGCGGGGAUGGUGGAGGAAGAGAUUUAGAGGGAGAGGAGGGAGAGGAGUAUGUGGACAUUGGUGGAGAUACUGAGUCCAGCAAUAGUGAGGAUGAUGAUUCAACUUCAGGAUCAUCAAGCGAUGAUGGGGAUGAGAGUUCUCAUGAUACAAAUAUGCAAAAGCUUGAGGAUGUACAUUCUACAAUGAUGGGUGGAGAGGGUGGUGAUGGGGGACUGGUUCAUGAUAGUCAGGAUGAUGAUGAUGAUCAUGAUCCUCAGGUCCUAAGGGCCAAGAUAUAA